GGGGCGGCGCGGGCGGGCGGGAUUAUUAUGGGCUGUGGGCGCCGCCGCUGAGGAGCAGCAAGAUGGAGCUGUCUGCAGUGGGGGAGCGCGUCUUCGCCGCCGAGUCCAUCAUCAAGCGGCGCAUCCGAAAGGGUCGCAUCGAGUACCUGGUGAAAUGGAAAGGCUGGGCCAUCAAGUACAGCACCUGGGAACCCGAGGAGAACAUCCUGGACUCCCGCCUCAUCGCUGCCUUCGAGCAGAAGGAACGAGAACGUGAGCUGUAUGGGCCCAAGAAGAGAGGACCUAAGCCCAAAACUUUUCUCCUGAAGGCUCGGGCCCAAGCGGAGGCCCUCCACAUUGGGGAUGUACACUUUUCUGUCAAGCCUGGUUCCAGCACCUCCUCUCCCAAGCUCCACUCCAGCGCUGCGGUGCACCGGCUCAAGAAAGACAUCCGGCGAUGCCACCGCAUGUCCCGGCGCCCCCUGCCCCGUCCAGACCCCCAGAACGGCGGGAGUGUGGGUGGCGGGGCAGGCAUCCGUCCUCCCGUCUCGCCCUUCUCGGAGACCGUCCGCAUCAUCAACCGUAAGGUGAAACCCCGCGAGCCCAAACGCAGCCGCAUUAUUCUCAACCUCAAAGUCAUUGACAAAGGUGGGAAGCCAGCCAACGGGGCCGGGGGCCUGGCUCGGCCCAAGAUCCCAUCCCGAAAUCGUGUCAUUGGCAAGAGUAAAAAGUUCAGCGAGAGUGUUCUCCGCACCCAGAUCCGUCACAUGAAGUUUGGCGCCUUUUCACUCUACAAUAAGCCGUCUGCUGCACCUGCCCCCUCUCUGGAGGGCAAAGGGGAGGCUGAAGGCUCCCAGGCAGCCCCCUGUGGGCUCAUUAUGGGCUCUACCCCCUAUGAUGCCCCCAGCUCCAGCUCCUCCGGCUGCCCAUCACCUGCUCCCCACUCCUCCUCUGACCCUGAUGAUUCCCCUCCAAAGCUGCUUCCUGAGACCCUCAGCCCAGCCGUCCCUGACUGGCGCGAGUCAGAAGUCCUCGACCUCUCGAUCCCACCAGAGUCAGCCGCCACCAGCAAGCGUUCUCCCCCAGGAGGGUGCAGCAGCGGGCAGACACCUUCCUUGUCCCUUUCCUCUUCUGACCCGGAGCAAGAGGCUGGCGACUGGCGUCCCGAGAUGUCCCCUUGCUCUAACGUGGUGGUCACGGAUGUCACCAGCAACCUUCUCACUGUCACCAUCAAGGAGUUCUGCAAUGCGGAGGAUUUUGAGAAGGUGGCGGCGGGCGGUGGUGGCAGCGGAGGCAGCAAGUGAGCAGCCAGGUCCCCCUGCUCCAGGGGCAUGGGGGGAGCUCUACCUGCGAGAAGUCAUGGUGCGAAUGGCUGUCCUUAGUUCUCUCCUUCUCCCCUUGGCUGUCCCUCUGCCCUCACUGCCACCCUUCCUCCUCCUUUCCCCCACCCACUCCCUCUUGCCUGGAGGCUGGAGCGUGUCAGUGGGGCAGAGCGGGGGCACCCACCAUUCUUGGGUGUCACUGCUGCUGGGAGGAGGCAGGGAGGGUCGUGGUGGGGCUCGGGAGUGGUUGUUUGUCCUUGAAUGUGUUGUCGUCCAACGGGCGGUGGAGCCUUUGGGGAUGAGGGAUGGGUGAGCAUGUGUCUGUGUGCCCGUGAGGGUGGUGGGGAAGGUGCUCUUCUUCCUCCUUCCCCUUCCAUCUUUGACAAAAACUGAAGAGGACCUCCAGACCCUUGAGGGGAGGAUGUAAGAGGAUUGAAGCCCUCGCCCAUGCCCCCCAAGCCUUCUCCCACAAUGUGCAUGCAGUCUCUUCCAUUCCUGUGUUUUCCACUUGCCAUGACUCCAAUCCUGCCGUCCUUCCCCUUCUUGGCCUGUGGCCUGGAUCUGCUGUCUUCCAUGCUGUUCUCAUGGCAGUGGCUGAUCCAGAUGCCCCCAGACCAAAGGGGAGAGGGGCAGGUGAAGUGUCAUGCUUGGAAGGUGCUUGAGGCAAAGCUGGGGUGGUAGGGGGGUGCCCCAUGCAGCAUAUGCCCCAUAUUGGCUUCCUGUUUCCUUUGACUAUUGGUGCUACCUUGGCAGUUGUAUGGGUACUUUCAGAUGGCCUGGUCCCUUUUCUGCUGCAUCUUCCAACUUGCUCAGCUUUGCAGGGGGAAGGGAAGAAAAGGGGUUUCUGCUUCUGGCCCAGAUCUUCCUCCUGGUGUUCAUCACUUGCACUUGCCUGGGGGAAGAGGGCAUGAAAUGCCCUUCCCCGGCCUUUCUGUGGUGGAAGUGGAGUGGGCCGUGCAUCCAUCCUUCGGGUCAGGGAAGAUACGCUGACAGCGUGAUGCUGCCCCAGCUGGGUGGGGCUGGUCUCCCGCCUUACAUGUAGGCUUCCUCCAACCCUUUUUGCUUCCCCUGCUCCCUCGGAAGGAUGGAUGGAUACUAAGGUGGAUCAUUUGUUCUUCCUGCUUCCUUUCAUCUCUCCUGCUCUCCCUUCCUUGUGGUGGAUGGCCUGGACGAGGGUUCCCCUCUGUCAUUUCAGCAUCUGAAACAGCCCUUACAACUGUCAACCAAAGGUGCUAAUAAGAAAUAACUGUCUCUUUUGCAUUGUAUGCAUGUGCACUGGAUCUCUUCCCCAAGAGCUCCCGUGUGCUGAUCUAGAAAUUCCUUCUUUUUGCCCCUUGCAAGUAGGAGCGAGCAAGACCACAGCUUGCCGUUCUUUAACCACAGCUCCCUCUUUCCCUGACCACCCUUAUUUACAUCCAAAAUAAGCUCUCUCUUUCUCCCGCCAUUUCUGGCUUUCUCCAUUUCUGUAUGGGUCCUAAGCUUCUCGGUGAGAUGCCAUUCUUUUGCUCUUCCUUCUCCCCCUACUGGCAUAGGGCUCAGCCUGUAGAGGCAAGGAAAAGUGGUGCUGAUUAAUCAGUGGGAGAGCCUCACCCUCUCAGCCCUGUCCCCUCUAUUUGGGAUGGGGCAGAGGGGUAUCACUUCUACAUAACAUGCUGCAAGAGGUGAAAAGGGUGGAAAAAAUACCCCGUGCCAGGGCUCACCUACUUAGAAACCUGACCUGGGCGGGUGAACACAAGUGGAAUUGGCCCCUCUGGUGCUUCCACACAAGGAUACUCUGGAGCCACCGGCUCCAAGGAUUGUUCUCGUGUGGAGUAGUGAUUUUGUGGUUGCAGUGGUCUGAGGGUAGAAGGAAGGCAGUUUCUGGGAGAGAGGCAAUAUUUGUUUGCCCAAGCGGUGUCAUUGGGGCGGUAGAGGGUUAGACCAGCUUCUGACCUUAAUUAGGGCUUCUGUGCCCAAAGCUUGUCUUCUCCCUGCCUCCAGCGCUUGGGUUGGUGUAAUAAAACCUUUGCUGCCCUCCCCAUAAGCCUUGCCUCACAGCAGGUUGAAUUCAGAGCCAUGGGGCACUGUGAAUUCACACCAGUUGUGGCUCGGUAUCUGUGCAGACAGUCCGAGGGGGAUUCCAGGUGCUGAUAGCACCACCCUUUGCACACCUCUUUCUUUUUCUUUCCUUGGUUGAAGAUCUUAGUGGACUCUGGGGAUGCCGUUGCAUUCACAGGUGAAGCUAGGGGCAGGGAGAAAGAGACUUCCCCAAUCCAUUCACCAAGCUAAGGCUUCCUAUAACUUGUUGGACUUGUGUGCGUGUCUGUAUUAAUACCUGCCUGUAUUUUCGUGUCUUUUUUUCUUGCAUCUUUCCUGUGCCUGGCACACCCGGGGAUCCCUUACUUUAGCAUAGCCUAUCCAUUUGACUGCGGCUUCAAAGAUGAGCAGUUUGUAGGCGUAGGGAAAAGCUCGCUCUUAGGGAUAUAGCGAGGAGAUUCUUCUCUGUUUUUUCCCCCCUUCUCAACAAGGAUUAUUCUGUGGCUGUGAGAUAAGAGGAGCUUAUUUGUGGGGUGGAUGCAAACCGGCCAGUCACUUUAGGUUGUUAAGUUACUGUUUGGUGUGUAUGUGGUGAUGUGUUUUGUUUCGUGGUAUUGAGGUUCUGAAAAAAAAUUGAAGCGUUUAAGUGGGAGAUAAAAGGGAAAUUUAAUAGGAAACUCUUGAUGUGUUUUGGCCAAGAUGUGUUCACUUGGCAGAAUUCUUUUCCCCAGUGUCUCUUGUAUGGUGUUCUGUGGGGGCAGGGGACAGGAAUUGUUUAAUCGAAGGGUUUUUGCCUUUCUCCAGAGUGACAAGCAAGGGGACUGUCUGAAGAGCAAAACAGUGGGUCGUUGUAGGGAUACUCCAUGAGGACCUUCUUCUUGUGGUGAGGAGAUGAGGGGACUUGUUGUGGCAGAGGAACUCGUGCAGUAGAUCCUCUUUGUGGAGGAAGAAAGGAAUAGGAUCCGGCUUGCAGACACAGCUCGACUGCUUGUGUGACAAAUCUCUCCCUGGAUGGGUCACCAGGUGGGAACCAAACCCUGAACCUCUAGAUCCGAAAUGAGGAUCCUGUGCUGUUUUGAGUUAGAGGUCUGCUAACUCGAAUGCAGCCUCAAGUUCCCUCAGGUGGAUGAGCCACUUGAGGCUGACUAACCUACCUUCGUAUUCACGUGGGUUACACUCUUCCUUCUGAAUUUUUGCCCUUACUCCUUAAUGGAGAUGGGAAGAAAGAUUUAUCCAUGCCCUUUAAAAAGGGUGUGGGAUUGAGGGAGGAGUUUAUCUGAAAGUAUCCCCUUCCCUUCCCCAUAACCCCUAGGGAAAAAAACAAACCAAACAGGGAAAUAUUCUCUGUGUCUGUGCCAUGUUUGUUCUCUUGUCGUUGUGUUUUUAGAGGAGAUUUUAUGAUGGAGUGGAAAAAGUGAAAUGAUUAGUUUUGCAUAAAAAAAGAAAAGUUUAAAAAAAAUUUCUACAGGGAGAGAGCGAGAGAGAGAGUUUAAAAAUUAAUAAUAAAUGCAGUGAUUGCACAAACUGUAGUGGUAUUAGAUGGUCCUUAGAGAAAAGAGUAUUUUGUAGUAUUGAAGCAUGUGUGUCUGGGAUGGUGUUUGACUUGCUUGAACUGGAGGGAAAGGCAUUCUGGGACUAAGCAGCGAUCUCUGAGCUGAAAAGGCAAGUUGCAUGUUGGAGGAACCCUGUCUACAAACCCUUCCCGUCCUUGCCUCCCAAGUGUUGGAGUGAGUUCCCUUCCCUUCCAUACCUCUCCUGUGAGCUAAGGUGGAGUCUCCCAAGUGGUUUUCUGGCCGAGCGGCCCUCAGAAAUGGCCGGUUGCGUUCUGCCAGAACGUGGAUCAGGCCACCAACAUGGAAACAGUUGACUGACUUUGCAUGCACAGCAAGCUGCUAAGAUUUGGGGUUGGCAUGUACCUUUCCUGCCAAGUCUCUGCUGUCUCUUCUCUUUUCCCUCCCCCAUAUCCAAGCAGGAUUAAACAUGGUGGGCUUAUCUCCCAGGAAGCAGAUAGGCCUCCCCUCCUUAGGGUCUCUUAGCUUCUUCCAGCGUCAGGUGGGGAAUGGCAUUUUUCUGUAUAGGAUUCACCACAUCAGGACAGAGAACCAAGUUCCAUCUGUAUGUAGUCUGGUGUCCCAUCCGUGACAGUAGUCAAAUCUUCAGAGGCAGAGAGAGAGCUGCCUUGUGUGCUCCAGGGUGUUGCCAAGUGAGGCAUACCCUCUUUUUAAGACCAGCAAAUGCUGGAGGUUUUUAGGGUGGGGAGGGGAGCACCCUCACAGGGCUGUGUUCAGGUAGGGCUGCUGCCUUCUGCUCCAGCUUCCAGCGGGGUGGCGGGGAAGAGUUGUCUGAAUGUUUCUUCCAAGCAAGGAGGCAGCUCUUGCAUGCUGGCUUCCCCAUCAAAGAUGUCUCUGCUGGGCAUUCAUCUGGUGCAUAGGAGUGACUUCAGGGAAGAGGGAAGCCACCAGAUGUUGGUGUCUGAGCAGGAGGUGGCGGGCAGGCGAUGCUAGGACAGCUUUUCUUAUAUGGACUUCUCUGGUGCCCUUGGCUUUGCAGUGGCAGGUGACAGAUGUCUCUGCCUCCCAUAGCCUGGGCUGCUCUUGGGAACUUCUCCUCCCUCUGCCCAUCAAGCUCUGUCAGUGCUUCCCACAGCCUUCAGCUUGGAGUGGUGGCCUCCUGUCUCAUGCUCUCUUUUCUUCUCGCUGAGCAGAGCGGGACUGGGGAGGCGUGAAGCUAAUGAGAUGCAAGCUCCUUUUGGGAUGGAAGACAGAGAAACAGAGUGUGGCGAGCAGGCCCAGCUGUGGUGAGCCACUGCUUAAUUUCUGCUUUCAAAACAGAAAGGGAGCAUUUCUCUGUGUCUCCCCUUACCCAAGUUCCUAGGGAGAUUUUAUGAAACAAAACAAAACAAAAA